UCCCUGGUGAGCUGUGGCCCCUGGGGAAGUUGAGGGGGAGGUCCGGAGAAGGGCAAGGGAGAAGGGAUGUGAAACUUGGCCCCCAUCCCGCGCCACCCCUGCUGGCUGUCACGCCAGGGUCCCUGGGCAGAGGGCAGGAGCAUCCAGUCCCAAGUGGACAAGCCGAAGGCACCACAUGGAGACCUCGACAUGGCUGCUGCUGUGUGUGCUGGCCACCUCCCUGAGCUCUGGGGUGACCCAGGGCGUGUGCCGAGCCCCUGACGGCAAGGACGGGGCCGCGGGGAAGCCUGGCCGACCCGGACGGCCGGGCCUCAAGGGCGAGCGAGGAGCGCCCGGGGCCCCCGGCAUGCGGACGGGCAUCCGAGGCCUUAAAGGAGACCCGGGAGAACCCGGCCCCCCCGGGAGCCCUGGCAAGGUGGGCUUCCCAGGGCCCAGCGGACCCCCAGGCGACCGCGGCCCCCAGGGCUCCAGGGGCCCUAGGGGCAACCCAGGGAACAUCAGAGACCAGCCCCGACCGGCCUUCUCCGCUGUGAGGCGGAACCCCCCAUCGGGCGGCAACGUGGUCAUCUUCGACACGGUCAUCACCAACCAGGAGGAGCCGUACCAGAACCACUCGGGCCACUUCGUGUGCGCCGUGCCCGGCUUCUACUACUUCACCUUCCAGGUGGUGUCCAAGUGGGACCUCUGCCUGUUCAUCGUGUCGGCCUCCAGGGGCCAGACGCGCCGCUCCGUGGGCUUCUGCGACACCAACAGCAAAGGCAUCUUCCAGGUGGUGUCGGGGGGCACGGCGCUGGAGCUGCAGCGGGGGGACAAGGUCUGGAUCGAGAGGGACCCCGCCCAGGGCCGCAUCUACCAGGGCACUGAGGCCGACAGCGUCUUCAGCGGCUUCCUCAUCUUCCCGUCGGCCUGAGCCUCCGGCUGUGCCCCCCCCGGCCACGCCCACCACCCCUCGCUGUCGCUGAGCUGUCGCUGUCACUGUAGCCGUGGCCACCGGCUCCUUCUCAGAGCUCCUCCUGCAAUAAAUGUUCAGCCUCCGGCUGCUGGG